CAUUUGUACGCCCGUCCGAUCGGUUCGGAAGAUCAGACAGUUCAUACAUAUAGAGAAAAUUAAACGUAAUAAAUCAAACAGCUUCUGUAUCUUCUAAAUGCAGUCACUCAAGCUGAAAUUGGUGAAAUCUUGGCGGGAAUUGAAGAACUGUAAGGCGAUGGUUGUUAAAACGUUCGAACGCAUCUUGAAGUUGUAAACCAUGUAAUUGUUCUAUAAUGGCAUAUCCAUUGGACGCUCAGGUUAAACCAGUGCAGAAGUUGUCGAAGAACUCGAAUCCGUACCACAUAAAGCGGCCAAUGAACGCCUUCAUGGUCUGGUCGAGGUUGCAGAGGAAGAAAAUAUCAAUGAUGAACCCGAAACUCCACAACUCGGAGAUAUCAAAGCGUCUCGGCUUGGAAUGGAAGAGUCUGGACGAAGCAGAGAAGAGGCCAUACAUCGAUGAGGCUAAGCGUUUAAGACUAAAGCACAUGCACGAUUAUCCGGAUUAUAAAUAUCGUCCGAGACGGAAGAAUCGGCUGGAGACGACCUACAACACGACAAUCUACUCGCGAGACUUUGUGGAGAUGGAGCCAAGAUCUGACUACCAGAUACCUAUAAGCUAUUCAGAUCCCCAGUACAUGUAUAAUAACAUGAUAUAUUCACCAAUAAGUCAGCCGUCGUUCGUGCCAGUGAGGAAGGAAGAAAUACCCAUCGACAUUCGGCCGCUGCCAUCUAUAGAGAGUAUCUCUCCACGUCCGUUUGCGGUGGUGAACCAACAGAUGAUGGUGAAGGCGUACCAGAAUCUGCAUUACGUGCCUGAUGAUGUGGCUAGGAUUUCCUAUUAUCCCUUUAGUGUUCAGUAGAUUUAAUUAAAAGUAUCACUGUACUUUUUUACUAGGAACGGACGGUUGAAAUAUGAUCUACUCAUUCUAUCAGCUCAUACCUACCUUCAAGUUCACAGAAACAAUAUUAUAUGCGACAUAGCUUCGUAGCCAUAUGAAAACAAUGUAUAUAUAUGUAGUACUGCCACAGAUUAUUAAAUAGUUACUAUGUAAGAAGGUACUGAGAUAUAUAGCGAAGGCUUUCUAAAUAGAAUUCAAGAAAUAGACGACGUAGGAGUCUGUAGAUUAUGAUAUUUAUAUAUGAAUUGCUGAUUGCUUCUGUGAUUUUUUUUUGU